GUUUUGUUACAGUUAGUUAUGGAGUCAAAGUUAUGUUCUUUAUGGAAAAUAUUUUGAAUUCAAAGCACACUCAACUUUUUUCUUCUUUUUUGGAGUUUUUUCAGCCUAAUCAAGAAAGGGAAAAAGAAUGUCAGGUCCUCAGUGCUGUAGCAAUCCACCCGUACUGAACCCCAGCAGUGGAGAGGGGCAUGUUGAGGAGCUUGCUGGCCUCAAAACUUAUGUUGCUGGCUCUUCCCACUCCAAGAGUGCCAUCCUUCUUAUAUCUGAUAUUUUUGGAUAUGAAGCUCCAAACUUGAGGAAGCUUGCAGACAAGCUUGCAGCUGCUGGGUUCUAUGUGGUGGUUCCAGACUUCUUCUAUGCAGAUCCUUUUGAAUUUGACAUACCUGACAGGCCUUUAACGGUUUGGAUAAAGGAUCAUGGAACGGAUAAGGGUUUUGAGGAUGCAAAGCCUGUAAUUGAUGCAUUGAAAAGUAAAGGCCUAUCGGCAAUUGGUGCUGCUGGAUUCUGUUGGGGUGCUAAAGUUGUGGUUGAACUAUCUAAGUUUGAGCUUAUCCAGUCAGCUGUGCUGUUACACCCAUCAUGGGUCAAUCUGGAUGACAUCAAAGGAGUCAAGGUUCCCAUUGCGAUACUAGGAGCUGAGAUUGACGAUUUUUCUCCACCUGAACUCUUGAAACAGUUUGAAGAGAUCUUGACUGCUAAACCUGAGGUUGAUAGCUAUGUGAAGGUAUUUCCUAAAGUUGCACAUGGUUGGACAGUGAGGUAUGAUGUGAAUGAUGAAGCAGCUGUGAAGCCUGCAGAAGAAGCUCAUGCGAAUAUGUUGGAGUGGUUCACCAAGUAUGCUAAGUAAGAGGAAAAAGAAGAUUUGUCUGCGCCUCUUGACCACCUAGUCGAGGCAUUCAUGGACAUCUUCAUUGUGCUUGUGUAUGUUAAGAAUAAAGGUGGAAAAUUUGGACUUUAAAAUCCCUGUGUGUUUGAGAUUAGACAUUUGCUGGAUUAAGAUUUCCUAAGUGGAUGGAUAUUUAAUCUUGUAUCAUCUGAAUAAUGAUGCAUGGAAACU